AUGCCUUCUUUGAGGGCCGAGAUACGACUGAGCAACGCUACUACAGUCCAGGCGCGCCUUUGGAGAGCUGGACCCCGCUGACUGUCAUUUCUGCUAUCAUCACGAAUCUCGACAAUGACAGCGGACGAUCAGCACUUUCUUGAUGUGCUAGCGGAGUACUCGCAGGACAUCCGGAAAUUCACAGGAUCCAUCUUCGAUGCCAGCGACCGACAUUUCCAAAGCGUAGCCGCCUACAUCAAGAGAACUGUGCCAGAGGGCUGGCUGCCCGAAAACGCUCGGCCUGCUCCUCCUCCCCCGCCCUUGCAUCGUGCUACAAGCGCCUACAUACAUCGUCUGCAAGACUGGGUUUCAAGGAAUCGCGCGCUAACGGCAGCGCUCAUCGCCUUCGUCGGCACAGGCGGGUUUCUACUAUGGAGAGAAAAGAGGAAGCACACAAGGAAGCGGCGGGCGCGGAGAGCAAGUAACGGAGCCAGGAGGGAGGUUAUUGUAAUCGCCGGCCCCCCGAACUCGCCCAUCACGAAAUCGCUGUCGCUGGACCUCGAACGACGCGGCUUUAUCGUAUACAUCGUAUGCUCCGACCUCGAAGAGGAACAACAAGUACAAAGCGAGUCAAGAGCAGAUGUGAGGCCGCUGCAUUUAGAUGUCGCAGAUGUCCUUGGCACACAGGAAGCUAUGCAGCGCUUCAACAACCUGCUCCUUAGGCCUCAUGUCGCUUUCGCAGGAGCAUCUCCGCACAACUUACAUUUCCGUGGUAUUGUCAUUGUGCCAGACCUGAUCUAUCCCUCGGGUCCGAUCGAGACGGUUUCGCCGGAACUAUGGUCGGACGUUUUGAACGCCAAAGUUCUGCACACUAUCGCCGUCACACAGGCGUUUCUCCCGACAAUUUGCGACUUCAAAGCUCGCGUUUUGAUGCUCACGCCUAGCAUCGUGGCGUCACUGCGACCCCCGUUCCACAGCGUCGAAACGGCCGUGGUGAGCGCUUUGGAGGGGUUUACAGCAUCUUUGAGAGGAGAGCUCGGCACGCUAGGGAUUGACGUGUGUCAGUUCAAGCUUGGGACGUUUGAUUGCACACAUGUUGGGGGCAAACAACACCUCCAGCCGACUGCAGGCCCGAACACAUUCCUCUGGCCCACAAGUGCUAGGCGGUUAUAUGCUAACAACUUCGUUAAUCAAAGUCGCAUAGCGCACAGCAGGGGACUCCUAAGCCAGACGGGGAGCACGGGGAGCUCACUACGGGAGCUGCACAACGCCGUCUUCGAUGCCCUCACGCAGAAGAGGCCGCGGAGAGUCUGGCGAGUCGGUCGUGGAAGUGUCACGUACGACCUGGUGGGAAAUUGGGCGCCCUCUGGCUUGGUUGGGUGGAUGAUGGGCGUACGGCGGGUAUCCCUGAACGCAGCGGCAGAGCCGCAGCUAGAGGACAGCGUGCAGUCGUGGGAGAAGGUCGAGAGGGCGGUUUGAUGAAGCUGAUUUCCGAGCCAACUUUUAGGAGUUGCAGACGCGGCCGGUGCCGCUGUGGUCGCGUGUCCAUUAUUGGCGGACUGGCAUCGUAAUUUGAGGAGCACCAGGCCUGGUUAUGUAAGAAUAGGGCCCUUGGCAGACGGCCUGAGGGGUCUCGCCGGAGAAGGUUAUUAUUAGGGCGUGGAGGUACUCUCCAGUCAAUUUUCUGUGUCGCGGUACGUCGCACAAACAGACGAUACUCAGCUCUUGACGAUGGUGUUG